CUGUACUCUAAAGUGUCGUGGGACUCAUUUAUGUUGCUUUUUUGUUACUGCUUAGAAGGAUGGCGCUUGGGAUUUUCGUGCUUCUCGUCUUUUGGGCUGUAUUACACGAUGCUGAAAGUGAAUGUCCAGUAGGACAUAACCCUCUCACCAUGACUGUGUCUCCUUCGGAAGUACAUUAUGGAGAAAAUGUCACUGUGUCAUGUGCCAGUAGUGUUGAGGACCAUGAUGGAAUGUACUUGCUUGAUGCAAAUGGAAACACUUUGAAGGAAGACAAGCAAAAAAGCUCUUCAACCUUGAUCUUUCAAGUCUCAGACUGGGACAUGAGAAUCCACUGCAAAAUCAAACUGAAACAGCAUGAUGCGUCAUACGAAUGCAACAGAACUCUUGAGUUAACUGUGUUCAGAUAUGCGAAGAAGGUUCGUCUGCAUCAAAGCCCCUUUAAGAACGGCCAAAAGACAAUACAGUGCGACAUCUUCGAUGUGGCUCCCGCUAAGGAAGUCAUAGUAACUUGGUCCGUGGAUGAUUUGUUUUUCAAAUCCGGUCACGUCACUGAUGACCAAACCAAGACGCCAAUGAACCUGUCUAAUAGCAUUACAGUUGGCGAAGAACUGACUGGAUGUAACAUUACAUGUAGCUACCGACUAAAAUUUCACUCUAUAUUUCCCACAUACGACAACCUAACUGUUGCUGGGCCAUCUUUUACGGACUUAAAACACCCGGAUUCUCAUUUCUUGCUCUCCUGUGAUAUAAGAAGCCAAGUUGCUCGUCCCCUUGGCUGGAACCAAAGUGUAGCAGAGAUCAACGCAUCCUACAUAUGUGUUGCCCAUCAAAAAAGUUCUGAGAAAAUAUUUGUAAUGAUGCUAUUUACUAUUGAAGCCACGCCCACACAAGUUGCACGAUUACCAGUUUGCCCUCUAGCUCAUUCGUACCCUAAAAUCUUGGACAAGUCUUUGGAUCCAUCAUCCAAACGCUGCAACAGAAACAUUAGUCAUUUGGAUGCGUACUGGAAAGACGGGUCCAAUUUUCUGAUUACUGCGAUCAGUGAGCCUCUGGAGAAGUGGAGCACAAAAUAUCAAUGUCACACACUUGUGUCAGACUUGCAGACGUGUUUCGUGCUGCCUCCCAUCAGUUUUUUCAGGUUUCCAGAUAAGGUGAAGGCCUAUGUGGACCCUGAUUCUGGCCCUAUGGUAGCUGGCAACAUUUACAGGCUUAAUUGUGACAUCAUCAACGUGAUCGCCCCGGAAAACUUGACCGUCACGUGGCUUCGAGGCGACACGAUCGUAAACAAGACAGUUGUUGUUGAUACCACAAUGAGCCCCCAGAAUAUCUCCUGUCCCUUGGACAUUUGGGUGAGCAGCGAAGAAAAUGGACAAAUUUACACAUGCCAAGUUGAGAUCGGAAUCAAAGUACUUACCUUACAAUCAGAAAGCUCUUCCCUUAACAUCACAGUUGAACCUGUUCGGGAUUUGAAGCAACAAGAUUCCCAUUUUGGCGUUUUUUGUGAUAUGAACACAGAACUGUUAAUAUAUUUUCUGAUGGACUCUGAGGACAAUAGUGAAAGAUAUUUAUGCGAGAUCAUCAGUUACAGUUCUGACGAAAAUUUGUUAUUCCUCCUUAACAAUAUGGGAGCGACUUCCGAGCGCGUUGCACAGUUACCAGUUUGCCCUGUAGCACAUCCAUACUCUGAAAUCUCGGACGAGCCUUUGGACCCAGCCUCCAAAAGCUGCGAGAGAAAUAUUAGCCGUCUUUGGCAACACACAAGCGCAUCUUUGAAACAACUAGUGAUUGUGAGCAAUGAGCCUCGGGAGAAGUGGAGCAGCACAAAACAUCAAUGUUACAGUGACUUAAACAACUUGCAGGAAUGCUAUGUGCUGCCUCCCAUUGUAUUUUUCAAGGAACCAGAUGAAGUGUGGGCCUAUGAGGAUCCUGAUUCCAGCCCCAUGUUAGCUGGCAACACUUACAGACUUAAUUGUGACAUCAUCAACGUAAUCCCCCAAAUAAACUUGACAGUGAAGUGGCUGAGAGGUGACGUGAUUAUAAACAAUACUGUUAUUGUUGAUACCACAAUUAGCCCGCAGAACCUCUCUUUUCCCUUGACUAUUCGUGUGGACAGAGAAGAAAACGGACAAAUUUACACUUGCCAAGCUGAAAUGGGCGACGCUACUUUUUUUGUCAACACCGUGAGAAGAUCUGACCUCAACAUCACAGUUGAUUAUGAGCCUUCAUUUUCCUGUGCCAGUAAAGUCACCAGACUUGUGGAUACUGAAUUGAAACAUCCAUAUGUGGUUGAGGGUAAGCCUCCACCUGUCACCACCUGGUUCAAGGAUGGAAUAGAAGUGACCGCUCCUCAUUUCUUGACAAGGAACAGCACUGGGGAAUAUAUGAUUAGAGCCACUAACAGACACGGGACAGCUACGCACAUGCUUUACCUGGAUGUUCAUUAUGCACCGAACGUGCUGGAGGACAAAUCAUCCUUUGAGUUUAGCCCUGGUGACAAUCUAACCAUAAAAUGCAGUUGCGAUGGCAACCCUGCUCCAAACGUAUCGUGGGAGCACGUGCACGCAACAAACGUGAGACUCACCGGAGGGCGCCAAGAACUUCUAAAGAUCAUUGAGGCCGCGUCAACCAAUGUUGGUGUUUACAACUGCACUGCCACCAACAUGCUAGGGAGCGUUUCCAAGUCAAUCACGCUCAUUAUGAAAGGUGAAAGCAGUGCAGACCACAAGAGCAGUACAGUUCCUGUGGCAGUCAUUUCGGCGUGUGUGUUUUUGUUGGUCAUGGUCCUUGUCCUGAUCUUUAUCUGCUUGUUCAGGAAGACACACGGCCAGUACAGUUUCAAGGGCAAGACCAACAAUAUCCCCUUGGCAGCCAGCGCGUCUGUAAGGGAACAGUCUUGUAACUUCGAUGAUGCACACACUUGA